GUGCACCACGCCCUCGCUGGGGACAUGGAGGCGGUGCGCGAACUGCUAGAUUCUCCUGCCAGGAAGAAAAUCAACAUUGACAUCCGGAAGCUGAGCGAGCGCGGCGCCCCCCUGCUCUUCUUCCUCAUCCGGGGGGGACAACAUCGCCUCAUCCACCUCCUCCGCUCUCACGGCGCUUCCCUCUACACCCACAUUCUGGACGACUCGAUGGUAGAUGUACCAGUAGUCUUCACAGCCUUAGAACCUUGGAUGGACCCCGAGGUCAUCAAGAGCCUCCUUCCAGAUGCGACCUCAAGGGAAGCCCGCCUUCUGGAGAGGGUCUGGAACCGGGGCAAGAACGUGCUACGCGUGGCGGUGGAAAACGGUGUCCAUAAGGAUGCUAUUGAGGCCAUACUCAAAGUCGGCGGCCCCGCCCUUCUCUGCGAGCGUGACCCCGAGGGCUUAACGGUCGUAGACGUGGCACUCCAGAACGGUCGCCAGGAUCUCGUGGCUCUCAUGGACACCUUCGUGGCCCUGUGGCUCACCCGACCUGACCUGUACCCCAAACGGCGCGAUCUCCUUGCUCUCAGAGGUUUCGAUCGCCUGGAGGUGGUGGCAGACGCCCACGAGAGUCUGGCUCAGGACGUCGGGCUUUUCUUGCAGGAGUACAGGAGGUGCCAGGGCGUUCUGCAGCAAAUGUUCCGGGCAGUGGAAGACGGCGAGACAGCAAAGGUGCAGCAAUUACUGUACUUCGAGAGUGACAUCUUUCACCUAGUCGACCUCCUUUGGCAAGGGAGACUCGCCGGGGAUGGAAUGCCUCUCCUUCACUGGGCUGUCCUGCACGGCCGAGAGCAGAUCGUGAACCUCAUCCUGCGCGCCCCGAUGGACCAUCCUGCAGCCCACGACAACCACGUCACGCCCAGGUUUUGCCCCGACGAUGUGCGAGACCAGUGGAGACGGACGCCCCUGCACUACGCCUCAGGACUCCUCGACGACACCGCUAUCAAGGCCUCCCUACUGGACCUUGGCUCCUCGGAACACUCGCUGGACAUGGAGGGUCGGGAACCUCUAGAUUUCCGGGACGCUCGUGGAAGCCCCGCCCUCGGAAGUCUGCUGGAGAACAUCAAGAAUAAGAUCCACACGCCCCCUGACCUGGACCCGUGGGACCCGGACGUCCUCAGGUCUCACCUGGAGAACCAGAGGAGAGAGCGCUUCCACCACCACCAGAGCCAGCACCCUCACCACCACCACCAUCACCACCACUACCAUCACCACCAGUACAUGGGCUUCAGCAACGGGCACAGAGCUCCUUACUCGCCAUCGCGCCCCGCCCCUUACGCCCACGGGCACGAUAUGGGCGGUCCUGGGUGGCCAUACCCCGCCCACUUCCCGACGUCCCCCGGGAGCAAUUUCCACUGGCCACUCCCCCGCCAGGCUGGCCAGCUCCCCCGCGAGCACAGGGGCGGUCAGCGCCUCUGCUGCAUCAUGUAGUGAGGCUUGGGACUGUCUUCCCUCCGAUCCAGUGUCAAAAUGGAGGUCGAAUCUAAGAGACAAAUUUCCUAAACGUAGACACAAGAGAUUUCGAUACAGAUGGAAUAGUCAAAGCGUUCUAUUUUUUCACGAAAUGCUCUUCUUUCCUAUGAUUUAGAGACGGUGUGCUUGCUGCUAUGCCUCGUAGAAGUAGUGAAUCCUCAGUGAUUUGUAAAUAGGAUAUGUAAGUCGUGAGCAUUUCCGAGAAUACGGUACUUUGCAGGGAUGUUUGGCUUUGAACUCCUCUUCAGUUACAUGAUAGCUCAGGUUCAACAAAAUGCAAUAUUUGUAUUCAAUAUUAAGGUGGAACAUGUUUUGCAUGGAAUAAUAUGAAAUUGAUUUAAUCAAAUAUCACAAAAUCAAGAUUAUUCCAACUCGGAAUCGAUGCCAGUUGCAUGAACCAGUGACACCAAAUUGCAAUAAACACAGUGAAAUAAGUUACCAUUGACCCUAGAAAGAAAGAAAGGACACGUGAAGAUGAGAGAAAAUAGUGUCACUUGUCACGAGCCAUAAAGACGAUUUAAAGUAUGUGAUUGAAUUUGCUGCGUGCAUGGAAGUAUUUCUCCCAUAUUUCGGUAAUCUGCAGUUGCUAUGCUCAGGACAUUUUCUAGGAAAAAAGGCUUAAAGAUUUCCCCUUAUCUUGCAGUUAACAACAAUUCGUAAAUAUUCUAAUAAGCUUACAGAAUUGCUCUGCAACCUGUAGUUUCUCCUGGUGAGAUAUUAAUACUGGUAUGGGAAUGAGGGUAUAGUAUUAUUGUUAUUUAUUAUUUUU